CCUCCUCCUCUCCUCUUCCUCCCCUCCGAUUCCUCCUCCUCCUCCGCCGCCGCCGCCGCCGCAGGCCGGUCCUGCCGGAGACUGGCCGAAUUGGGGGUGCUGGGGGUCCGGAGGUGGGGAGGAGGAGGAGGAGGAGGAGGAAGGGUGGUGGCUCCGAGGGGGGCGAUGGCGAAGAUGCGGGUGGCUUACGAGUACACGGAAGCGGAAGACAAAAGCAUCCGCCUGGGCUUGCUGCUCAUCAUCUCGGGCAUCACGUCGCUCUUCGUCUUCGGCUUCUGCUGGCUCAGCCCCGCCCUGCAGGACCUGCAAGCCAAGGCGGCCAACUGCACCGUGCUGUCCGUGCAGCUCAUCGGGGAGGCCUUCCAGUGCACCUUCACCUGUGGCACCGACUGCCGGGGCACCGCCCACUACCCCUGCCUCCAGGUCUUCGUCAACAACUCCCACUCCAACUCCAGGGCUCUGCUGCACCGGGACGAGCACCAGCUCCUCACCAACCCCAAGUGUUCAUAUAUUCCUCCUUGUGAGAGAGAAAACCAGAAGAACUCAGAAAGUGUUUUGCACUGGCAGCAGUACUGGAAAGAUGAAAUUGGUUCUCAACCAUUCACUUGCUAUUUUAAUCAGUACCAGAGACCAGACGACGUGCUCCUCAGGCGGACCCACGACGACAUCGUCCUCCUGCACUGCUUCCUCUGGCCCGUGGUGGCCUUCCUGGUGGGAGUCCUCAUCGUGCUGCUGACCAUCUGUACCAAGAGCCUGGCCGUCAAAGCGGAGGCCAUGAAGAAGCGCAAAUACUCCUAGGGGGAAACCACCCUCCGGUUCGGGACAGCCAGCCAAGAUGGGGGAGGGACAGAGUGCGAGGUGCACUUGUCUGGGGCUCCCCGGCGGGCGCCUUUCGGCGGGCCGGCUUGAGAAAGGUGUCCGGAGCCGGUGACCGGCCGAAGACCCCUGAGGACGGUGUCCUGUGGGAUGCCCGUUGAUGGCUUCUUCCUCCGUAGCCGUAGGAACGGCCGGGGUGCCACCCGAGACUCUACUCUCAAUCUCUCGAUAAUAGAAACUAAAUAAUUGUGCUAUCUGUCAAGCGCUCACCGUGUGCCGAGCACCGCGCCGGCUACCGAGCGCUUCAGUCAGAUCAGACGCAGACCCCGUCUCACUUGGGGCUCACGGUCUGAAGGUUAGACAUAGCUGAGCAACGUCUCACCCGUUCAGUUAGCUGUCUGGCAAGAUCAUUUUAGAAGACCGACCGCACUUACUUUCGUUUAAACCUCAAUACCCUUUCUCUUGGUAUCAUGCAGUAUCUAACUAUUAUGACUAGAGGUACGUAAACUAUUAAAACAGACCCUUCUGGGUUCAUUUAGUUUUUCAUAUAUUUUUCUUUUGGCAUCCAAGGCCAAGGGUAAGGCUCUGAGAAUUCUUCUGUUGAUUUCGCUGGGUACGGGAGUGUCAAUUUGGUAUGUUGAUUUAUGCCCCACUCUGGACCAAACUGUAUCGCUCGAUUAUUCUGCUUGUCAAAGUGGCUAUUAAUGUCCAGAAAGAGUUCUGCUACCUUUAUUAAAAAGGCAGACUGGCUCUUGCUUGAAAGAAGAUUAUUAUUCCCUUGAUUCAGUGUUUCUAGUCUCCAGUUAUUUGCGAUGCUUAAUUAAAGACUAUCUCUCUUUGCCAUAAGCCUCGUAGACCGGAGAGAAGGUGUUCUGUUAACCGAAUCAUCUCUGCCUAAAUACUGUUUUAUCCGAGAGCCCGCUGGGAGCGUGUGAGUGUUCUGGUCAACCGCAGCCUUUCCAGUGACUACAAUACUUUCCGUUUCGUUUGUCCAAGUGGCUGUUAGAAGCCUACGCUCUAUCCUUGGGUGUAGCAAAACCGCCUCCCGUCUGAUCCAAAAGAGCCCGUCAAGAUGAUUGACGUUAAACUGGUUCAGCUAGCGAUCGGCUUGGAGGUCCGCAUCGGAGCUGUUGAGCUCCUUCGGGACACUCUGCCAUGUUAAAUGUUUAUUUUCUGUCUUCUUUCUUGGUCUUUUUCCAUUCUCAUUAGCAUAAAGCAGGGAAAUUCCUCGAGGUGUUCAGUCGUCUGAAUCAAUCUAAAGUACUUCCAGUUGUGUUCCAGGUCCAGCGUUCUGAGCUUCCUGUGCUUUAACAGAAAGCUGAUUAGUGAAGCCACCUUAACUGGUGUCUGUAACCGUGUCCCCUCGCAAAACAUGCCCUUGAUAAAUACUUGAUGAGGUACAACUGUAAUCCUUCGUUGUAAGGCUUGGAUUUCAAACCUGCCCUUUAUUAAAAAUAUUAUAAAAUGCCA